UUUCAAUUUCAUCGCGGCGUUCAAUCUUCUCUCGCCUCCAUUCCAUGCCGAUUAUUCACGUAACAUGUUUCGAUUUCUUAUGAACUAUUCUUAUUCUUGCCGGAUCCUCCCUGUUCCCGCUCUCUCAAUAUGGGGGUUGCAGAAAACAUUGUUGUGGGUUCUCAUGUUUGGGUUCCAGAUCCGGAAUUAGUUUGGAUUGAUGGACAAGUACUAAGUAUCAAGGGAAAGGAAGCUGAGAUUCAACUUAGCGAUGGGAAUAAGGUUGGUUCUAGUUUGUCAAAGUUACACCCCAAGGAUGAAGAUGCUCCACCUAAUGGUGUUGAUGACAUGACCAAGCUUGCAUAUUUGCAUGAGCCGGGAGUGUUGUAUAAUCUGAAAAAUAGAUAUGACAUCAAUGAAAUAUAUACUUAUACCGGAAAUAUUCUUAUUGCCAUCAAUCCCUUCAAAAAUAUUGAAGAUCUGUAUGAUGUUAACGUCAUGAAACGUUACAAGGGAGCGGCAGUUGGAGAUUUAAGCCCACAUGUUUUUGCUAUUGCUGAAGCAGCAUAUAGAGCAAUGAUUAAUGAGGAGAAGAACAACUCUAUUCUGGUUAGUGGUGAGAGUGGUGCUGGUAAGACAGAAACAACCAAAAUGAUUAUGCAGUACCUGGCAUUUUUGGGUGGUCAUAAUGCAUCUGAAGGGCGAACUGUUGAAAAACAAGUUCUAGAAUCAAACCCAGUUCUUGAAGCAUUUGGUAAUGCAAAGACAGUAAAAAAUUCCAAUUCUAGCCGUUUCGGAAAAUUUGUUGAGAUUCAAUUUGAUAAGCAUGGACGAAUAUCCGGUGCAGCCAUUAGAACUUAUCUACUAGAGAGAUCACGUGUAUGCCAAAUCUCGGAUCCUGAGCGUAAUUAUCACUGUUUUUACCUGCUUUGUGCUUCACCUCCUGAGGACAAAGAGAAAUAUAAGUUGGGAGACCCUAAAUCAUUUCACUACCUUAAUCAAUCCAAUUGCUAUGAAUUAGUUGGCAUUAAUGCAGCUCAAGAGUAUCUUAGCACCAAGAGAGCCAUGGAAGUUGUGGGAAUAAAUCAAGAAGAGCAGGAAGCAAUCUUCAGAGUUAUAGCUGCUAUUCUUCAUCUUGGAAACAUUAACUUCGCAAAAUCAGAGGAAGAAACUGAUUCAUCAGUUCUAGAAAAUGAAGAGUCCAAGUUGCAUCUCCAAAUAACCGCAGAACUUCUCAUGUGCGAUCCUAGUGCUUUGGAAGAUGCACUUUGUAAGCGUGUGAUGAUUACCCCAGAGGAAGUUAUUAAAAGAAGUCUUGAUCCUCUUGGUGCAACGGUUAGCAGGGAUGGUUUAGCCAAAACACUAUAUUCUCGUUUAUUUGACUGGUUAGUCCAAAAAAUCAAUGUCUCAAUUGGGCAAGACCCAGAGUCAAAAUGUCUCAUUGGUGUUCUUGACAUAUAUGGCUUUGAAAGCUUUAAGAAUAACAGGUGA